AUGGCUUCUUCUUCUUCUUCUUUUUCUCUUUCUUCGCCAAUCUCUCCUCAACAAAAGUAUGAGAUUCAAGAAAAAUAUGAUGUGUUUCUCAGUUUCAGAGGUAAAGACACCCGCUAUAAAUUUGUUAGCCAUCUUUAUGCUGCUUUAUUUGCAAAGUAUAUCUCAACUUUCAAGGAUGAUCAUGAACUUCAGGUCGAUGAUGAAAUUUCCCCCACACUUAACCAAGCUGUCCAGAAUUCCAAAAUUGGGGUUAUCAUUUUCUCGAAAGAUUAUGCUUCAUCUACGUGGUGUUUGAAUGAACUGGUGGAAAUUCUUGAAUGCAAGAAAAGGAAUAAGAUGAGUGUUGUCAUUCCAAUCUUUUAUGAGAUAGAUCCAUCGGAUGUACAAAAACAGAAGGGGAGCUAUGAAGUUGCAUUUGCUAAACUUGGAGAACGUUUCAAAGAUAGAAUGGAGAAGGUGCAUCAAUGGAAGGCUGCAUUGACAGAAGCGUCUAAUCUAAUUGGAUUGAAUUCGACGAAAUCCAGGUAA